UAAACUCCCUGUACACACACAGGGCAGGACAGAGCCACAGGGACCUGCUGUUGGAUUUAGGCAGACCACAUCACCAGCCUACAGUUAAACUCUAUCCGGACUUCAAGAGUGGAGCACAGUGUCGGGGCCCGGCACUCAGUGUUCACAGUGUACAUGUUGGAUGUUGUGUAUGUGUGUGUUUUUGGCUCUCUCAAAGUGGAUUUUGCGUGACAGAUUGGAAUGAUCAUGGAGUGAGGGAUCACACGGAGCAGAGUGCAGACAGGAGGGAACAGAGGAGGGAGAGCGUGAACGAGGGACAGAGACGGAGCGAAGGAUGAAUUGGUAGAAGUGAAGCCGGACAGCGAGCUGGAGGCUGACAGAAGGAGGGGGAAAAAAAGAGAUUCGGGAAGAGAGAGACAGGGAGGGCGGGAAAGAGAGAGAGCGAGAGGAGGAGAGAGGACAGUGGAGACAGAGGAGCCAGCCCUCUAGCUGUGACAGUUUGUGUGUUAGGGGGGUUGACAGACACAGUGGCUUUGUGUCCUGCUGAACAACACUGGACAGGACACUGCUGUGCUGGGAGAGGAGAGGCACUGUCAGUUAGUCUGUCAGUCGCUCUGUCAGUCAGUCAGACCGUCUGUCUAUCUGUAGGGAAACUAAACCUCUCUGCUACCACUCUGGCAUACAUCUGCUCUCCAGGACGUCUUUAAUAUCAUUUCAGGGCCUAGGACGCCUCACCACGGCAUGCGUGCACCCCCCAGCGUGCGUGUGAGUGUGUGUGCCUUGGAAUGCUCCUUCACGUCCUUGGAGGUCAGGAGUUUGAGACUGUGAUGUGGAACUAAAGGCAUGUAUCUGGGGACGUGCCAGCAUCAGGAUGGAGAGGAACACCGAGGAGAACAGGGGACUAGACUGAACUGAGUUGGUUGGAACUAUUGGGAUUUUUCUUGUCUUUUCAGGAAUGAUCUUGGUCCAUCUGAAGAGCUACUUAGCCCUCUUGGCUUCUGCUUUCACUGAUUGGUUCAUCUCAAUGGAAGUAUGACUUGGCCAGAGAGGAUGUAGGUGUUACACUGACACCUGCGUAAUUUACUGGAAAAUAGCGUGUUUGUGCGAUAGUGUCAAGACUUUGCCUCCUCCUGUGUGUGGCCCAUGUUGGCAUCGGGUCGGCCCAUGUUGGGUAAUCUCUGUGCCCCCAUGCCCGCGGCUAUGCCCCCUUACCCUGCUCUACCAACUAGGUCAGAGUGGUGCUUCCAGAAUCCCGUAGGAGUGGACUGUAGUGCCGCCGAGCCUCGCUGUAUCUGGUUGGCAGUGCUGCGUGGUGCCCCCUUGCCCUCGCCCCCCACCAUGAGGCCAGUCCCGGUCGGCAGCCGUGCCCAGCAACAUUAUCACCAGCCCGGGGCAAAGGGUUGGAGAGAUGGGCUCUCCUCGGCCGGUGACAACCCUCGGCCUGCGAUGGGGGCGGGAGGAGAGGGGGUCGGCGUUGGCUGGCAGGGUCCCCGGACACUACUACUCCAGAAGAACUCACAGGGCUUCGGCUUCACGCUGCGCCACUUCAUCGUCUACCCACCAGAGUCUGCCCUGCACACCAGCCUCAAGGACGAGGAGAACGGGAAUGGAAAGGGGAGAAGUAGGUUGGAGCCAAUGGACACCAUAUUUGUCAAGAAUGUGAAAGAGCGAGGUCCCGCUCACCAGGCUGGCUUGUGUACAGGGGAUCGGCUGGUGAAGGUGAAUGGAGAGAGUGUCCUGGGGAAAACCUACUCCCAGGUGAUCGCCCUCAUACAGAACAGUGAGAGUGUGUUGGAGGUCUCUAUAAUGCCAAAAGGUGAAGACGUGCUGCAGCUGGUAAGUGCAUACUCCCAGGAUGCCUACCUGAGGGGCAACGAGCCUUACACAGGGGGAGCCCGGAACCUUCCGGUACCCCCGCCCCUUUGCUACGCUCCCCGCGCCAAGUCCCAGCGUCCCUCUGGGGCCCCGGCCCUUAUGGGCCAGAACCAGCUGGACAACUGGAGCCGCUGGGCAGGCUCCGCCAGCCCUUUGUCCCCCCUGGACAACCGCUCCACCGUGGGCAGCCCGGCCAGCUGGCAGGAGGGGUGGGGCGGACACAGAAGCCCCCCCCACAGGGCGGAGGAGAUCCAGUGCGGUGUGACCGGGCAGCAGCCUACGGGACAGACCAGGGGCCGCUCCUACUCCUCAUCUUCCUCCUCAGGAGGGCCCCUCAGCAGCCCUCUGCGUGUCCACUACGUCAACCACAAUGUCACCGCCACCACCGCCUCCUCUCAGCCCUGGAAGGGCAGCCAGGCCUGGGCCAGCCCUCCCCAGCCGAGCCCCAGCCGCAGCCAUCACUGCCAACAGGCCCUGUCUGAGUGGUACUACAGCCAAGCUGCUGAGCAGCGUCAGGGCCGCAGUGGCAGCAUGCACCAACGCCACCGCAGCUAUUCUCAGGACAGGCUGUGUGAGACAGGCCCCGGGCGCCACCGACAGGGUCCGGGCGGCUGGCCCCACAGCGCCUCCCAGGACACCCUGAUGCUACUGCAACAGUCAGGCCCCGGCCCCCACGGGGACCCUUCUUGGACCUACAGAGACUGGGAGGGGGCCCGGGACCAGAGUCACCACUCCUCCUACGGCAGCAGAGCCCGGUCGGAGAACCUGCUGGUACAGUACGACCGCAAUGGCCACUCGCUGGAGAUGCUGGGGUCACCCCGUUUCGAGAGGCCCGCCUGGCUGCAGCAGGCCUCACAGCAAGCACCCAGAACUGAGGCCUAUCAGAGGCAGGGGAACCAUUACGGUGUUGCGCCGGCCCCCUCUAUGGGCCGUCUAGCACAGCCGCACCACAAAACCCAAUCACAGUCCCACCCACAUACCCAGCCCCAGCCCCAACAGCCAGCCCCCCAGAGCAGACGUCUGCCCACCGGACAGAGCCUGGACGACCAGCCAGUAGGUUACCGCAGCUACAGCCCCUCCUUCAACCGCAAGACAGGCCGUAUCAUGCAGCAACCCUCCUUCAGGGACCCCUCCUACCUUGGCCCCCACCUCAGCUGGGCCCCCACCACCAAAACCAGCCCCCCUGAGGGUGUUGUUCCCUCAGUUCCAUCCCCCCUGGCCUCCACCACCCCUGAGCCCCUUGACAAGGCCUACCGCCCCACCAACCAUGAGAGAGGGGCAGUGGAAGGCCAGGUGGAGGUGGUAGCUCAGACCCAGGAGGUCAAACUGAGACAGAAACCCCCCACGGGGCGAAGGAGCGCCCACGCCAUGCGCCACCCCCACUACACCCUGCCUGUAGAUGGCACAGAACCCCCUGUGUUUCCCCCUGACCCCCACAACGCUGCCCCCGCCCCUCGCCCCUCAGGAGAUGGUGCCCCGCACCGUACCAAUGGCAACCUGGCCCCCUUGUCUGUAGAGGAUGACGCAAUGGCCUCCAUUCCCUUUAUAGAUGAGCCGACGAGCCCCAGCGCUGACCUCCGUGCCCGCCACGUGCCCGCCUCCUCUGUGGUGUCCAGCGGCAUGAUGGCUCCCGCCAUCGUCACCAGCCCCGCCUCCCCCACCUUUACCUUCCCUCUAACCAGGCUCUUCUCACACGACUGCAGCAGUAUUAAAUCCAGUCGCCGUUCCUCCUAUCUUCUAGCCAUCACCACGGAGCGCUCCAAGUCAUGUGACGAGGGACUCAACACCUUCAGAGAGGAGGGCCGCGUCUUCUCGAGGCUGCCAAAGAGAGUGAAGAGUUUCUUCACUGAUGGGUCUCUGGACAGUCUGGGGGCAGCGGAGGAGGUGCGCUCCAAACGCCACUCCACCUCAGAGCUGGGCAGUAUCAGCUACAGUGACAUAUGGAGAGAGGGAUGGCUGCACUACAAACAGAUCCUCACGGAGAAGGGCAAGAAGGUGGGCAGCGGCAUGCGUCCGUGGAGGCGGGUCUUCUCAGUGUUGCGCUCCCAUUCGCUCUUCCUUUACAAGGACAAGAGGGAGGCGGUCCUGCGGGGCGCCACUCUGGGAGGCGAUGCCGACGAGGAGCAGCCAAUCAGCAUCCGGGGCUGCCUGGUGGACAUAGCGUACAGCGAGACCAAGCGCAAGCACGCACUGCGUCUGACCACUCAGGACUUUUGUGAGUACCUGCUGCAGGCCGAGGACAGAGAGGACAUGCUGGACUGGAUCAAGGUCAUCAGCGAGAACAGCAAGACCGACAAUGAGGAGCUGGGAUUCUCAAGACAGGCUCUGAUCAGUAAGAAGCUCAAUGACUACAGGAAACAGAGUCCAACAGGCAACAAGCCGGACUCCUCUCCCAGGGUGUCCCGUGCCAAGCCUUCCUUCCUGCUGGCCAAGAUGGAGAACGCUGCCGGGGCGCCGCGCUCACCCAAACCUGAGGGCAAAGAUGAGAGCAGCCCCCCUAAGUCGCCAUGGGGGAUCAACAUCAUGAAGAAGUCCAAGAAGUCAGGGCCCAAGGCUUUUGGAGUGCGGCUAGAAGACUGCCAGCCAGCCGCCAACAACAAGUUCAUACCUAUGAUCGUGGAGAUCUGCUGUGGGCUGGUGGAGGAGAUGGGUCUGGAGUACACCGGCAUCUACAGGGUCCCAGGGAACAACGCAGUGGUGUCCAGCCUUCAGGACCAGCUCAACAAGGGGUCGGACAUCAACCCUGCAGAGGAGAAAUGGCAGGACCUGAACGUGAUCAGCAGCUUGCUCAAGUCUUUCUUCAGGAAACUUCCGGAGCCCCUCUUCACUGACGAUAAGUACAAUGACUUCAUCGACGCUAACCGGAUGGAGAAUGCCGGGGACCGGCUAAAGACCAUGAAAAAACUGAUCCGUGACUUACCAGACCAUUACUACCACACUCUCAAGUUCCUGGUUGGCCAUCUGAAGACGGUAGCCGACCACUGUGAGAAAAACAAGAUGGAACCUCGUAACUUGGCCCUGGUGUUCGGGCCCACGCUGGUGCGGACGUCUGAAGACAACAUGACAGACAUGGUGACUCACAUGCCUGACCGCUACAAGAUAGUCGAGACGCUCAUCCAACACUAUCUCUGGUUUUUCAGUGAGGACCUGGACAAGGAUGAGAAGACUCCAGUAGACACAAAGGACCUGGUGCCUGCCCCCAAUAUCGACCACUUGCUCUCCAACAUCGGCAGGACCGCUCUGCUAGGGGAGGCGUCAGACUCAACCAACAGUGACUCAGCUAAAUCUAAGGGCUCGUGGGGGUCAAAGCGAGACCUCACUGCCAAGGACUUUCUGACCCUGUCCAUCAUGUCCGCCGUCACCGGACGCAAGCGCAGGAAUCGCCACAACGGCCGCCUCGUGGGCAGCAGCACAGACGACGACUCGGAGCACGAGCCGAUCAAAGCCAGCCACCUGGGGGCGGAGGAGGGAGAAGAGGCGGGGCUGGUGGUGGCAGGAACAGACACCGCCCCACGAGCAGAGGAAGAGGAGGAGGAAGAUGAGGAGGAGGAAGAAGAAGAGUCUGUAGUAGAGAGAGUGAGAGAGAAGGUAGAGGAGGUGAUAGUUCCCAGCAUGCCAUGCAGUAGUGAGAAAGAGAAAGCAGGGCAGACGGUGAUGCUGCUCUCUGAGGAAGAGGCGGUGACUGCGGAGGUGAAGGGCAGGGUGUGGCGGGGGCCAGAGGAUGCUCGCUCUAUCGUCUCCGGUUACUCCACCCUUUCCACACUGGGGCGGAGCCUGGCGUCUGAGGGCCGGUGCGAUGAAGCUGACGACGAGCGCAGCGAGCUGGUGAGCGAGACGGACAAUGAGAGCGGAUUCGCCUCACGCUCCCUUACCCAGGAGAGACCUGAGAAACACCCCCCUGCAUCUAUUACACCCACCCUCACACCCCCAACCCCCACACAGCCCCCCACAGCAGCACAACGAAGCUUCCUCUACACACACUACAAACCCCACCCUGUCUCCCCUACGACCCAGCACACCACCCCCACCCCCUCCACACAUACUCAGGACCCUGGGGAGAGGAGCGAGGGUGGUGCACGAUCCACCACCCCCUCCUCCUCCUCCUCCUCCACCACCCACAGACUACACCCCCGACCCUCCUUCAACUCCCACAAGCUGAUCCAGUGUGACACGCUGGCCAGGAAGAAGCUAAAGGACAGAGGGAAGACCAAGACUCAUUCUCUGGACCUCCCUGGGCCUUCAGGAGAGGAGGGAGCUGGGGCACCAGGGGCCCAGAGGAACCGAUCCAGGACCAACCCUUCCUCAGGGAGCAGCCAGGAGAGCCUACGUCCACCCCGGCCCAAAGAAGCCCUGCCCCCCAGUGAGGCUGCCUCUUUCACCCCCAGCGGGACAGGGCAGGGUCAGGGGCGAGGGUCUCUGGCUGACCAGGUGCGCGCACGCCUGCUGGGCUCGGCUGAUGACCUGCGCAUCGUGGGACUGAGGAAGCCACUCUCCCCGGAGACGAGGAGGAAGAGACGGGCCUGGAGAAGACACACUGUGGUGGUCUCACCUACCGAGUCGGGCGACAAGAGGCCUGCGCUAGCCACCAACAAGUUCCCCAUGUCGUCGGCCACUUCCAACCAGGGCAAACCACAGGGAUCACCCCUCGACCACCAGGAGCUUCACCCAAGACACCGUCUUCCCCUGGGCCAGAAUCCCCCCGUCACACGCCGAGUACCCGCCUCCAGGUUCCAUCAGUACCUGCAGCAGACAGACGGUGUGUUACUGAAUAAUAGGAUCCUUCCUGUCCUCUCGGUUGCUUCCUGUCUGACACAGGAAGUGGGUUGUCCUCUCCCAAUGCACAGGGAAGAGCAUGCCAAACCAAGCCUACCCAGGGUUCCUCACAGAGUGAAACUUUCAACAGGACUGUGAGCUCUCUCUCUCUGUCUUUCACACUCACACACACAUACAGACACAAACACACACAUACUAGCUGAGAGAUCUGCACAUACACUAUAAGAAGAGUACAAGCAGUAUUGGAAUGUGAGUUUUAAGGGAGAACUCUGUCUAACCUUUGGCCCCAGCACUGACUUCUAUAUCAGUCUUCCUUAAUAUUCUGUUACUAUGAUGACCACAGAACAACUGGCUCUAACACUCAACUAGUUGCCAAUACACAGAAAUAACAUAACUCUCUCACACACACACACACACACACACACACACUGUCUUCGUUAAUGUUUGUCUGUCUGUACAUAUGUGUGUUUGCCUGACAAUACUCGUGAGUAUGUUUGAGUGUGCAGGUGUUUGUGUGUUGAACUAUUUUGUAACAUUUGUAAAAAGCCUUGUUAAGUUAACCUUGUAAAUAUAUAUAUAUUACAUUAUCUUUAUUUUUUGUAUUGUUUUAUGGUUUACAUAAGUGCACACAGGUGCACCAUCAUUUCCUUCAAGAUGUUACUUGAAAUGUUUCCCUUAAUAUAUAAUGUUUUUGUUUUAUAUACAGUAAAUAUUAUAUAUAUAUAUAUUUUGUAUGAAAAGAAUAAGUACUUUUUAUUGUGUUUUGACUUCUCGGAUGUACCUGUUUUUAAAACAAACAAAAAAGAAAAAUCCUGAACCUGACUUAAAGCCUGUUCCUUGUUUCCUCGUAGACGGCCUUUCUCUGUGACUCACAGUACUAUGCAGAAAUACUUUCUCUCAUUUAGCAAAGAUAGAAUAACUCAUCCAACAUUAACACUCUCCAGUCAAAAUUCUGGCCGUUGAAAUGCCUCUCCGUUUCAUGGCUGGAUUGGCAUCCAUUUCCGCAUUUGAAGAAAGCAAUGGACUCUCCCCUUGCCGACACUACUAUCUACCUUAUGCUGACAAUGCUUAUCUUAUUUGGCAGCAAACAGGGCUUUAUCUACCAUAACCUAAUUUAAGUCAGAAUAAUGUGUGUAUGCAUCUCAGCUCUCUUAUCAAAUAACGAUCAUAUACUGUCCUUGCAUCAACUCUAUCAUAACUGUCUUUUCAAUUGGAUGAAGUAUUAGUUGGUAAUAAUUUGCUUGACCAAACCUGCCUACGUGUACCAGAGGAAACAUUUGUUUUCAUUUUAUGGGUGACCGAGAAAGCGCGAAAUAUUGACAACAUCAAGGAUUAUAAAUGCAACCUGCAUGUAUACACAAAGUUACAUUUUGUAAAGUCUGUCAAUUAUAUUCUAUUUGUUAUAUUAUCAGGAAUAUUUCAAGUAUUAAGCCAUCUACACAUGAUUUUUCAUGUCAUAUAUUACAUUUCCAUAAGGUUAGUCUCAAUUGAAUAACCACUGUGAGUGGGGUGCUUCAGAAUUCCUGGAUACAAAUGAAUGAUUGCAGAAAUCUGGUUAGCAUAAGUAGCCAUUUUUGGGUCUGCUGUGUUUCUAGACUGACAUACCAUUCUCUUGGCCAUGGUCCAAGAUGAGUUUCCAUUUCCCAAAACUCUUUAUUAACUGUCCCUCGACCAAUGUCAUAUGGGAGUUAUUCUUUGGUUUCCCCCUUUGCCUGACAGGAUUUUUGUCAUCAUAAAAUGUCAUUGACUUUUAGUUAGUCUUGUCUUACCUCAAGAGUUGCCCUACAAGUGCCUGAUUUCUAGAGUGUUUUUGUUCUGCCGUGCCAUGGCCAGUCCUCACCUCCCCAUUAACCCUCAUUAUUCCAGACUCUCAACGCCAGAAGCCUCAACCUUCACAUCUAGUUAUAAGCCAGACUGAAUCCAUUCUCUUCUCGUUGCUGUGCUGACAUCUUAUCCUCGUGACCCAAAGACGUGUAUCUUACAUACGAGCAGCCUCUCUGGGAGGCCAUUAAAAGCACACUGUGUCUGGCCAAGGACUUGUCUAUGCAGUCGGUUUGCAUCUAACAAGCACUAACAAACAGCAGAACACCUGAUGCUGCAAGGGGAGGGAAGGUAUGGUGCUCUCACCUGCUUUUCUCACACACAGAGGUUCUUUCAUGAAGACAGUGUUUUGUAUGGUUCACAUAACAAGCCCUAAGUAAGGGUGAUCAAUACCUAGAACAAGGUAAUAUGGUACCAACUCAUUUUCAUUAGAUCUUGUUUGAUGAACUAACUGUAUACAUUUAAACUGUCAGCCAAUAGGAGACAUACAGCUAAGCUUAACAGAGCUGAACCAAACUGCUCAUGCCUUCAUCAAAAAGGUGAAUAAAAAACAUUUCUAGAAAAUUCUGACAACACUCAAUGUGUGUUUAGCUGUCCAUUUCUUGAAGUGUGAUAUACCUUAUGUUUGUUAUUAUGUCUGAUAAUAUUUUGUACAUAUUGUAUUGUGUAAAUUACAUUUUGAAUUGCUUUGAGUAAACAAUCUUAUACGAAAAUGGACUGACUAAAGGUUAUCCACCUGGAACCAUUUCAUUUGAUGGCAUUUUGCUUCAAAGCAAGGUUAUAUGAUGUAAAUAAACAGAAUUAAGUUUUAAAAAUG